AAAGAAACCAGCGGCCACUCCCCUCCAUAUAAACCCCCGGGAGUUUGUGGAUGUUUCUUGCAGCCCAGAUCCUUGAGGAAGCAGCACGUCCAUGGCCUCUGAUCGCGUCGAGGUCGACACCGCCCGCCCUUUCCGGUCCGUGAAGGAGGCGGUCGCGGUGUUCGGGGAGCGCAUCCUCGUCGGCGGGAGCAACUCCAGAUACAGCAGCAGUGCGGUUGCCAUUGCCGACGCGCAUGCCAAUGCCACCCCUAACGCCAAGCACGAAGAUAGCAGUAGGAGCAGUACCACCACCCUUUCUCCAAAUGCAAUGGCAGAGGUAGAUGCGGAGCUAGAGCCAGAGGCAACGGCAGCUAUCGUGCCUAUGUACUCCGCGCACUCCUCGCCGUCGUUCACGUCGCCGCGUUCGGCGUACGGCGACGACGGCGAGCUUGGUUGCCAAGACGACGAGGCCGGGCUCGCGGUCGUGAGCUCCAUCAAGAAGCUGGAGGCGGAGGUGGCCGAUACGAGACGGGAGGUGCUGCAGCUCAGGAAGAGGGGCACCGAGAUGGAGAUGGCCGUGGCCAGCCUCAACGCGCAGCUCCACCGAGGCCUCUCGAGGCUGGCCGAGAUCGAGGCCGACAAGGCUGCUGCGGCGGCGGCACGGCGCAGCAUCGGCGGGGACACCGACGUGAUGGCGGCGGCCAUGGUGCGGAGCGAGCGGUGGGCCGAGAAGUCCAGCACGUACAGCAGCGAGUACCUGCCGUCCUUCAGCCACGCGCUGAGCCUCGGCGAGAUCGACGACGACCUGCUCGGCGGCAGGAGGAGGAAGGCGCAGAAGGUGAAGCCCAUCGUGCCCCUCAUCGGCGACAUCCUCUUCUCCAAGAGUUUCUCCAGGAGGAAGAGCGGCAAGGACAGCGGGGAUCUCUCCAGCGUGUUAGGGUGAUCAUCACUUUUGCUUGCUGCGUUGCGUGUGGUUUGGAUGGAGCAUGUGCUUUUUUUGGUCCUUUCUUUCUCUUUGGUCGGGGUUUUUCAUUUUUCUUUGUGCUCUUGUUUGUGCGAGCCUGUAAAUGUAAAAUACUGAUGAAUGCUUGUAUCUACUCCCUCUGUCUCAAAAUGUAAGAGUGUCAAAAAUGAUGUUAUAUUUUGGGA